AAGAAAGAUCGAAGUUAGGGUUUUACCGUCUUAACAAGAGACAGAGCACCGAGCAUUCUGUGUAAUGGCAAAAGCUUCUUCAAUUCAACCAACAUAAUCCAAGGUACCAUUCAUUUCUUGUAUCUAUUAUACAUAUAUACCUACACCCUUUGUGUUAAACAGCAGAGAUACUACACAUAUUGCCACCAUCGUUUCUUUAAUAUAUUCCCACACCGUUUGGUUUUAGAUUCUUGAUUUUGCAAAAUGAGGUCUCUUUUGCGAAAAAGAUUGCAUUUUGAUUCAAUCCUGAGAAACCCAUUUUAUGUUUAUCCCCAAAACUUGCUUGAUUGUAUGAAUAGUAUUCAUAAACCCCGCCAAAACCCAUGUUUUCAAGAACCUGGGGUUUCAAGAAUUAGGCCCUUUUCAGCCCAACCCAGUAAAUUCCCUGAAUAUGAAAUGCCAACUGUGACAUGGGGUGUCGUUCAAGGGCGUAAAGAGAAACUUGUUUCUCGGGUUAUAGUUUGUGAUUACUUGAAGGGAAUAGGGAUUAUUCCUGAUGAGUUAGAGCAAUUAGAGUUGCCUUCUACUGUUGAUGUGAUGCGUGAAAGGGUUGAGUUCUUGCAAAAGAUUGGGUUGACUAUUGAUGAUAUUAAUGAGUAUCCGUUGAUGCUUGGUUGUAGUGUGCGGAAAAAUGUUAUUCCAGUGUUGGGGUAUUUGGAAAAGGUUGGGAUUCAAAGACAGAAACUUGGAGAGUUUAUUAAGAACUAUCCGCAAGUUCUUCAUGCUAGUGUUGUUGUUGAGCUUGUUCCGAUUGUUAAGUUUUUGAGGGGGCUUGAUGUGGAGAAGCAAGAUAUUGGUUAUGUGCUUAUGAAGUAUCCGGAAUUGUUGGGGUUUAAACCAGAAGGGACGAUGAGUACAUCGGUUGCAUAUUUAGUUAGUAUUGGAGUUAAUCCGAGAGAUAUUGGACCUAUGGUGACACAAUAUCCUUACUUUUUGGGAAUGAGAGUUGGUACGAUGAUUAAGCCUCUCGUGGAUUAUUUAGUUUCCUUGGGUUUGCCUAAAAAAGUGUUAGCGAGGAUGUUUGAGAAGCGAGCUUAUGUACUUGGUUAUAAUCUUGAGGACACAGUGAAACCAAAUGUGGACUGUUUGAUAAGUUUCGGAAUACGAAAAGAAGCUCUUCCUUCUGUUAUUGCGCAGUACCCUCAAAUUCUUGGGCUUCCUUUAAAAGCUAAACUGUCUUCACAACAAUACUUCUGUAACUUGAAGCUCAAGAUUGAUCCGGAAGGGUUUGCUCGUGUUAUUGAGGGAAUGCCUCAGAUUGUUAGCCUCAAUCAAAAUGUCAUUAUGAAACCUGUCGAGUUCUUGAUCGGAAGAGGUAUUUCUCCCGAAGAUGUGGCUAAAAUGGUUGUUAAAUGCCCCCAAUUGAUUGCUUCACAAGUUGGUCUCAUGAAAAACAGUUUUUACUUUUUCAAGAGUGAAACAGGGAGGCCAUUGAGAGAGCUUGUGGAAUUUCCCGAGUACUUUACUUACAGCUUAGAAUCAAGGAUCAAACCAAGGUAUCAUCGAUUAAAAAGCAAAGGGAUUAAAUGUUCCUUGGGCUGGUUCCUUAACUGCAGUGACCAGAGAUUUGAAGAAAGGCUGCAGGCAAAUUAUAUCGAGGCAGAGAGUGCUGGUCCAUCAUUUUAUAUGGGUGGGAAAUUGGAAUUACCUGGAAAUGACAUUGUAUCUGAUGAUAAUGAUGAUGAGAGUGAUGAUGAAAUACUUUAUCGACGCACUGUUUCUCUGUAAUAAUCUUCCAUAUAGAUCUUUUAAAAGAUUAUUGAUUUUAUCAAUUUUCUAAUUUAAUAGACA